ACAAACAUAAUCUGUAUAGUUAUCAUUCAGUCGGUAGACGUCGUUCGCUGAGUGUGGUUUUGUACUUAGUGUGAAAAACUAAAAUCAUGGCUGUAUUAGCUUUGUCAAAUCCUGUUGUACAAUCGUACAUCGUUUAUUCAGCGAUUUUGGCGUUGAAAUUAAUAUCUGUGAGUACUAUGACGGCAAUCGCUCGUAUGACACGAGGCGUUUUUGCGAAUCCCGAAGACGCGAAGACAUUAAAGGGUAAGGUUAAGUUCGAUGACCCCGUCGUGGAGAGGAUUCGUCGCGCGCAUUUGAACGAUUUGGAAAACAUUCCCGCCUUCUGGGUAUUAGGAGCGUUGUAUCUGACAACUGGACCUGUGGCUGCUUGGGCGACGCUACUUUUCCGUGUAUACGCAGUGAGCAGAAUUGUCCAUACUAUCGUUUAUGCAUUGAUACCAUUGCCGCAGCCGGCGCGCGGUAUCGCGUUUGGAAUUCCAUACAUCAUCAAAUGGUACAUGGGUUUCCAGGUUGCAAUGUAUUAUAUCACUUUGUCAGAUCCUGUUGUACAAUCGUUCAUCGUUUAUUCAGCAAUUUUGGCGUUAAAAUUAAUAUCUGUGAGUCUUAUGACGACCAUCGCUCGUAUGACACGAGGCGUCUUUGGUAAUCCCGAAGACGCAAAGGCAUUUAAGGGUACGGUUAAGUUCGAUGACCCCGUCGUGGAGAGGAUUCGUCGCGCGCAUUUGAACGAUUUGGAAAACAUUCCCGCCUUUUGGGUAUUAGGUGCGCUGUAUCUGACAACUGGACCGGUGGUUGUUUGGGCGACGAUACUUUUCCGUGUAUACGCAGUGAGCAGAAUUGUCCAUACUAUUGUAUAUGCAUUGAUACCAUUGCCGCAGCCGGCGCGCGGUAUCGCGUAUGCAAUUCCAUACAUCAUCAAAUGGUAUAUGGGUUUCCAAGUUGUCAUAUAUUAUAUCAGUGCUGUGUAACCUUAUAUUUGUUAUUUUUUUAAUUUCUUUUUAAGAUAAUGUGGUGUUAUGGUUUCUUUUUAUACUUUUUGAUUAAAAAUACUCAAACAGC